AUGCAUGCGCGGGUGGCAGCCAAAAGAUCCUUACGAUUGACUGCAACGACGCCAAGGACUCCUCUGUCAGUAUGGCGAUCUUUGUCAGCCAGUGCAAAUAAUCUUCCUCAUGACGACGACGAUAGCGACAAGAAACAGGUGAAUGUCAAGAGUGUCAGCGCCGGGUUGCCGGAUUUCAUUGAGCAUUGGGACCGAAAGGUAUUUCGACAAGUCGGGUAUGGCAUGGUCGCCUUGACUGCCGUGUCCUUUCCAGUGCUACAAGAACUAGUCUUGACGAGCACCAUGACCGUAGUGACAGGUGCUUAUUGGUACAUUGGGCUGCGAGACAUUCGACAACCUCAACAGACCAUUCGUCGGAACUUUCCCGUCGUUGGAAACAUGCGCUACUUGCUCGAAAUGAUACGACCCGAGAUACGACAGUAUUUUGUCGAAGGAGACGAUGAAGCCGUUCCAUUUGAUCGCAAUCAUCGAGGUGUCGCUUACCAACGCAGCAAGGGGAUCACUGCCACCAUGCCAUUUGGAACGCGGCGAGAUGCCAAUGCCGUCGGAUACGAAUGGGCCAAUCAUACACUCUAUCCCACCCAGUUGGAUGUCGCCAAGCAACGUGUCUUGAUUGGUGGAAACAACCCAGAAUGGUGUACACAGCCCUACAGCUCUUCCUUGCUCAACAUUAGUGCCAUGUCCUAUGGAGCCUUGUCGGAUCGGGCCAUUUUGGCAUUGAGCGCGGGGGCCAAGUUGGGCAAGUUCAGUCACAACACUGGAGAAGGUGCCUUGUCUGAUUUUCACAAACAAGGCGGGGGUGAUUUGGUAUGGAACAUUGGAACCGCCUACUUUGGAUGCGGCCGAUUUGCGGAGGGAUCGGUCCGUGUCUUUGAUCCAGACUUGUUUGCCGAGAACGCCCAGUACGCCAAAAUGAUCGAAAUCAAACUCUCGCAAGGUGCCAAGCCGGCCCAUGGAGGAAUGCUACCCAAGGAAAAGAUUAGCCCGAGCAUUGCCAAGGCACGCAACUUGCACUAUCCUGUACAGGAAGAUUGUCACAGUCCGGCUCGGCACAAUGCCUUUUCCAAUCCCACAGAACUCUGUCAUUUCAUACAACAACUGAGAACAUUGUCCAAUGGCAAACCGGUAGGCUUCAAACUAUGUUUGGGACAACCAGAAGAGUUCUGCCAGUUAGUCCAAGCAUUCUUGGACACUGGGAUACAUCCCGAUUUCAUUACUGUCGAUGGAAGUGAAGGCGGGACCGGAGCUGCUCCACCCGAAUUUUCCAACAGCGUAGGGACUCCUUUGGCAGACGGACUUUCCUUUGCUCAUGCUGUUUUGGUGGGAGUUGGGUUACGAGAUCCACACGACAAGUCCAAAUCCAAAGUGGCAUUGAUUUGCAGUGGGAAAAUCUUGACUGGCUUUUCCAUGUACAAGAACUUUGCCAUUGGAGCCGAUGUCUGUAAUGCUGCCAGGGCCUUUCUAUUCUCUCUGGGAUGCAUUCAAGCAUUGAAGUGCAAUGAUAACAAAUGUCCAACUGGGAUAACGACGCAGGAUCCAGAGCUAAGUUGGGGAUUGGAUCCAACCUACAAGCAAGUUCGAGUUGCAAAUUUCCAGAGAGCCACUGUACAGGCAUGUGUCGAGUUGAUGGAAGCAACUGGACUGGAAUCCUGGUCAACGAUUCGGCCUGGACAUGUAACCCGUCGCGUCGACUUGGGUCGUUCCAAACCCUAUGAUGAGAUCUUUGAACAUUUGCAGGUCGGGCAAGGAGACUUGCUGCAUCAAAAAGGACCAGACGCUUUGCAAACGGUAUGGAACAAAUCCUUAAAUUAG